CAAUCGAUUUCCAAUGUUCUUGCGCAUCUCACGGCAACAUUGAUCAAACAGAAAUUGUAUAGGUUAUGUUCAUCGGCAAAGUUAUUUCGGAGAAUCAAAUUUCUGAAAAAAAAUAAUAAGUUACAAUGAAAAUGUACGCGUUUAUUAAACAGUGUUAAACGUUAUAUAGAUUCAUUGUCCCGGAAUAGAAAUGAUUCGAAAUGUAUAACUUGUCGAUAAGUGUUAGUGUUGUAAAAUGAAGGGAGGUUAAGUUGUACAUAAAUACCACGGAGUGCACAAAAUUUCUUUGGAAACGUAUCCAUCCAAUUUAUAGUAGUUUGAAAGGAAAAAUUUGGGAAAAAGCAACAUUUACGUUAAAAACGGAAAAUGUUUAAGAAUACAUUCCAAAGUGGAUUUUUAUCAAUCUUGUAUAGUAUCGGUAGCAAACCGUUACAGAUUUGGGAUAAGAAAGUAAGAAAUGGUCAUAUAAAGAGAAUAACGGAUAAUGAUAUACAAAGUUUAGUACUCGAAAUAUUGGGUAGUAACGUUAGUACAACGUAUAUCACGUGUCCAGCAGAUCCCAGGAAAACUUUGGGCAUCAAAUUGCCGUUCUUAGUAAUGAUCAUCAAAAAUCUGAAAAAGUACUUUACAUUUGAAGUUCAGGUAAUCGAUGAUAAGAAUGUACGCCGUAGAUUUCGAGCUAGCAAUUAUCAAUCUACUACCAGAGUGAAACCCUUUAUUUGCACUAUGCCGAUGAGACUGGACGAUGGAUGGAAUCAAAUUCAAUUCAAUUUAGCAGACUUUACUAGACGCGCGUAUGGAACAAACUAUGUGGAAACAUUGAGAAUUCAAAUCCAUGCCAAUUGUAGAAUAAGAAGGGUAUACUUCUCGGAUAGAUUAUAUUCGGAAGACGAAUUACCUGCGGAAUUUAAAUUAUUCUUACCUAUACAGAAUAAAGCAAAGUGUUAAAUUAAGAGUAUAUUUAUAAUUUUGUACGUUGGAUUGAAUGGAAGAACUAGAAUGCACAAUUGAUAGUUAUAAACUGAUCGCAUUUGUGACAUGGAUUUAGAGUUUAAAUUGAUCAAAUAAAUAUAUAUACACUUUGUA